AUGCUCUCCAACGAUACUGGCUCAGCAUCCAUCUCGCUGUUAAUCGAAGAUGAUUUUGCCUCUGAUCAUCAACAACAACAACAGAAUUCGCUUUUGAAGGAGAAUGAUGAUGAUCAUCAUCAUUCCGAACAUGAUUCAAGCAAUGAUGAUUAUUUAGAAAUGAAUGGAGCUAAAUUUGAAAAAUUGUACAGAGGUUUGUUCGCGAGCUGUCGUUACACGGAUAUCAUUGACAAAUGUCAGGGUAGAGACUUGAGCUUCUUUCAUGUCAAUGCCAUGAUUGAUCAAAUGGCAAAUUCUAAAACUGACAUGUAUCAUGGUGGUCAAAUUCUUCAUGCGUUUUGGAAUUUCUUCAAGUUAGCGUCACGCAUGAAUGAUUUGCAAAUGAAAGUUGAAUUUUUGUUUUUUGAGCAAGAUGAAGUCUAUACUUGGAUCAGUGAGGGAAUGGUAAUAUCUCAACAAUCUGAACCACCAAUUACUUGUUCAAUGAAAGAAGGCAUGAAAAUUCUCAAAGACGACAUGUCCAAAUCUCAGGUGUCUGUUAAAGUGUCCCUUGAGCACGUAGAACCUCCAAAAUGGAAACCUCUGUUGAAAGAAUUACUCAGAAUUUACUUGAACAACAAUGGCUUUAUUUGUCAUACUUUCAAGAACAUGUGUGAUGAAAAAUUUAUUCAGCUCUUGAAGCAAAGAGAACCAGGAUUUACCCUUGCUCAAUCUAACGACAAUCUAUUUAAGUCUUUGUGUAUCUAUGUGGGACGUGUUGUAGGUGACGGUUUAGACUUUGGUCCCAAUACUUGUUAUUCAUAUGUCUCUAGUACAUUCUUUCGCACUUCUUUGGAGUGUUCGUGCUUUGCAAAUGCGAUCAGCCGAAUUGAAACGAUCUCUCAUUGCCCUGAAAAUGAGCACCAAGAAAUUAUUGACGAAUUUAUGCCAAUUGAAGAACUUUUGAACAAGUAUACAUAUCUUGAAACUUUUCAAAGAGAUCGACUAGUAAUUUUAUUGCUCACAGUGAGACGAAUCCAACCCAAAGUUUCAGAUUCUGCUCUCUACAGCUUGUUUUUAUCUGUGCUAUUGGUGUCAACUUUACUUGUGUUUGAGUUGGAUCUUCAAGACAGAGCAUUCCAAUUACCAGGUAAUGAUGAGAUUUUCUUCAUGGAAGAUUACUCUAAAUUUGUAGAACAACACUUGUACAAGGAAUUGGUAAUUGUACUGAAAGGUCUACAAAAAAAGGUUUCUGAUAAGGCAAUUGUUGAUCUAUUCGACGGAAGAUUGAUGGUGAAAACAUUGCUAUUACUCUUUGCGAAUCAAAAGCCAGAUUGGAAGCAGAUAUGUGUUGUUCAUCCCAAAUACGAAUUGUUUGUUAGGGAGUUUGUUGAGCCGUUAUUGGAAAAUUAUUUGAGUGAUUCUAACCACGAAUGUCAUCCAAUUGUUAACCUAUCAGGGAGGUCCCAACUUCCAGAAAAUCAACCCGAACAUAAGGUUCACCCUAUUGUGAAUAACUCACUUGCAAAUCGUCUCUUUAAAGAUUUACACGUCAGUGAGUAUAGCAUUGAAGAGAGUGACAACAUAGUGCAGCAAAAUAUUAAGCCAGCGACAUCAAGCGGUGAUAAUUGUGGUAAUUCCAACUCGUUCACAUCAAUGGUUGAAACGGAUUCAACUCAUUGGAAGUCCAGAAGACUGUUGGUUGAUGACAAAGAACAAGACGACAGUAGUUUGUACUCGCUGCGAAUCAAAGAGUCCCUAUCUCAAUACUCUCGAAGCUUUCAACGGAAUGAAAAGGUUUUUUUGGAUGAUGUCAAAGCUGCAAAAGCACACCAUAUAACCAAUGAUGUAAUCGAUGAAAUGAGAAAGAUUUUGAGUCAAUUUAAGAACUCUUCAUCUGCAACACUGAACAGUGAGCUUUUGUAUAUUUUCAUAACCCGUAUGUUUGAAACAUGGGUUUCUAACAUACGUAUUCAAUAUCUUGAUGAUAGACAGUUUACAGUUGAAAAAGCAGAGAAUAGAGCAAAACUUCUAAAAUUAAUCAUUGACGCAUUAUUGACUCAUUUAGAGCUACUUACACAAGAAGUGAAUGAAAAACCAGAGAAUUCAAAUUUGCAAAUAUCGGCCAUUCUUCAUUCUCGUGCUUUUUAUGGGUUAAUUGAAAAAGCUAGAAAACCAAAGCAGCAGGCAAACGUCAUCUACUCGUAUUUGAGGCAUCGAGUUGUCUUGAACAAGUUCUUCUCGAUAAUAUUACAAUGUCAAUUCUUAUAUCCUAUUGUGCGAGCGGUGUAUAAGAAGGAAGAAUCAAUGAUCAAAGAAGGGUUGAGAUUGCAAUUUCAAUGUAUGACCAUCACUGACCUGGACAACAUCUUAAUUCGUUUCAAGAAGCUUCAAUUUAAGGAUGUCAUGUCCCCAAAUUACAUUCCUCAGCUAUUCCCAAAGAUAUAUGAACACAGUAAUCAAUAUGGAAAGAAAAUGACAACUGUAUUGCAAUUCAAACCUGACCCAUGGCAAAAAGAAGUUAUCGAAUACAUCAACCACAACAUGGAUAGCAAUAGUGAAAAAAAGAAAUCUCUCCUGGUGACAACACCAACAUCCAGUGGAAAGACGUUCAUUACCAUGUAUUUGAUUGAGAGAGUUUUGAAGAAUAGUAAGACAGACAAGGUUGUAUUCGUUGUGCCUACUAAUGCUCUUUGUAAUCAAAUUUAUGCCGAAGUGUUAAAUAAGUUUGAAAACGAGGAAGGUCAGGCCGACAUUGUAGGCGUGUUUACUGCAGAUCAACGUGUGAACACAAUGAAGUGUAGGGUACUUGUUACCAAUGCUGCCAUGUUAGAAAUUUUACUUCUCCACUAUUCAAAUUUUGAAUUGAGAGAAACGUUAGCUUAUGUAGUACUAGACGAAAUUCAUUUAAUUACUGAUGAAUCCAAUGGUAGGCAAUGGGAACAUAUUUUAUCAUUAAUAAGAUGUCCUUUCAUUGCAUUGAGUGCAUCGAUUGGAAAUGUUUUGCAUUUUAAGGGAUGGCUGUCAAACCUUGGAAGCCAAAGAAAAAACCAUAAUACCGAAAUUGAAAUUGUUCCAAAAUUGAAAGAUGAUGGUAGUGCCUCUGUUGUGGAGCGACUUCAGCCCCUUGAAUAUUAUUUUUAUCACAGCAUUAGUGAUCAAGAACCCCAAUUCUAUACUCACACAAGAAUGCAUCCAUUGACAGUGUUGGACGAGAAAUCACUUGAAAAAAAGGAAGCCCUUUCAUUCAUUCCAGAAAUGUCAAAAGACCAAUGCAUAGAGCUAUUAGAAUGUUCUCAAUUACUUACAAAAGAGCUAAAUCGAAAGAAUGAUCCCCUUUCAGAACUCCUUUUUGAAAAUUAUACAUGCUCUCAUGAAAACAUUCCUCUAUUCGAUGAGCUAGAAGUUCUUUCUUCCAAUGGCUAUUCUUCUUACAGAAAGUAUGUGUUGCAAAAAAUGUCAGAACUGCAAGAAACAGACCCAGAAUUUAUGUCAUGUUUACAUAACAAACUAUUACAGCCUGUUCUGAAGGCCUUUGAUAGAAUUGAUCAUGACACUACCAAAGAGUCGUUAUAUGAGGCCAUACCUCACUUAUGCGUAUACAUGAAGUAUCAUCAAAUGCUACCAGCUCUUGUUUUUCAUUUUGAUAAAUCUGGUAUCAAGAGCAUGGUUUCCUCUAUCAUUGAAUAUUGUAUCAUUACUGGAGAAUCUUUGUUGACAAAUGACCAAAAGAGAAAUCUGCAAUCAUAUAUUUCACACAAGCCUAUUGAGGCAUAUGUUAGAAUUGAAUUUGUUAAUGAGCAUCAUUUAACAGGUCUUAUUGAUAUCUUGAAACAAAAUGGACUCCGAUACAUACAACAUUCAAAAGAUAAGAACGAAUCUGCGAGCAAUAUUAUUGAGAUUCCAUUGCUUAAGGUAGUGAGUACUUCUAGCACUGAAUUAGACGUGCAACGAAGAGACCUUAUUGACUAUGAAAUAGUAUCGCGAUAUCUGAAAGGAUUGUUAUCAGUUGCUUGUUGUGAUGACGAGCAAAAGAACUGCUCAAAAAGAGAAGAUGUAAAAAAGUAUUAUCAAAACGAGAAAUUUAGUUUAACGACAGUUUUACCUCAAGAUGACGUAGAGUUAUUAAUGUUGUCAUUAAGGUUUGGAGUUGGCAUGCAUCACAAUUCAGUAGACGCCCUCUUGUUACAGGAAGUGGAAAAGUUGUAUCGUAUGAAAUUAUUACCUGUAGCCAUUGCAACUGGUACUCUAAGUUAUGGUAUUUCAAUGCCAUGCAAAACAUCAGUAAUCGCUGACAACUCUAUGUUUAUGUUGAAAAUGUAUUUCCAACAAAUAUCUGGUAGAGCAGGUCGAAGAGGUUUUGAUCCUAAAGGUAAUGUGAUUGUGAUGAACAUGUUAUUGGAGAGAGUGAGAAGAUAUUUAACUACAAACUUACCAAACUUGAACGGUAGUUUUGGAAACACCAAUACGUUUAUAUUGCGACUAAUUACGUUCUGUAUGUUGAGUGAGUUACGACUCGAUCCAAAACAUGCUGAAAAUGCUUUAGAAGAUGCAGUUAGUGCUUUAACUCAACCUCUUUCUUCGUUUACUCGAGCAACCUCUUCGAACUCACAAGCUCAACAUUAUCAUUAUGCCCGGUUUGCAUUUGAAUUUUUGAGACAUCAUGGGUACAUUUCAGAGCUUGGACUACCAAUUGGACUUACUGGCCUGGUUUCAAAACUAUUCUAUUUUGAACCGGAUAACUUUUUAUUUGUAUAUUUAUUACGAAAGGGAGUUUUUGACCAUAUUGUGGAAAGUGUUUCUCUUGAUGAAGACAAUGAUGAAAACAUUCAACAGAAAGCAAGAGAGCUCAUAGAAGUGUUAGCAUAUUUAUUCGAACGUCAUUACACUAGAAAUGAAAGAGUGUUACAACCUUUUACUGAAUUUCAAAUAGAAACAAUCGAUAAGCAACCUUUGAAAAUCUCUGAUUUAUAUAAUGAAUUUCACAACGACACAUUCAACCUCUAUUUGGGUUACUUGAAGAGUUUUAGUAUGUCCAACAGGAAUAACCUUAAUGACCUUAUCUUGCCUUACAGUGAGAUCGAUUUUAAACAUCCGCAUCAGCAUGAAAAUACUGCAUCCUCAAAGAUAAUCUCAGCUUUCAAAUCAACGAACAGUCAAUCAGAACGUCAAAUGUAUUGCAUUUCUUCAUUUAGUGCACUAUCAGGCAAUCAUGACGGCCAUUUGGAAAAUUUAGAAGUCAUCAAACAAAAUAUCAAGCAUACAAUUACGAUCGAUGGCGCAUUAAUUCCCAUUCCAAAAAUUGUAGAUCCAAAUUCAAUAUCUUCUUUUAUUGUAGACUAUUUUGACCAUGGAGAGACAUCAAUUCUAGUCAAAGAAAAUGGUUUCAGGUUUAAAAAAGAUACUGAUGAUUUUGUUUUGAAUUUCUUGAAAGUUGUAAAAAAGAUUUUAAGUACAUUCAACCAAAAAGUGGACUUUGGUAGAACAGAUGUGUUUGUAGAUGGAAAGGUCUACGUUACACAAAAUAAGAACAAGUACUUGGCACAAGUGAUCGACAUCAACAUUGAUACUUAUUGUGUUUGUUUAUUAGAAGGUCCUGAGGCUUAUAGAGAUAAAGUAGUUCGGAAACAUGACUGCGAAGUAAUUCCGUUAACAGCCAACGAAAAGCUUGUGCGAAAAAGAAAUAUCAAAAUGCAACGAGUUCUGCAAUUCAUUAAGAAUAGAUUGAGCAAAUUUGAAAGUGAAGACGAAAGUGCACAAAAAGCACUUAUUUUAGAGCUUGUGGAACAGUAUAACAAGCGCAAGAAUCAGUUGUUUGAGUGUCCUUCAAAUGCUUCUCCACCACCACCAGAUUUUAAGAUAUCUCUUCAUCCUAGAAAGAAGCAAGAAGUUCUUGCAAUGAUUGAACAAGAACAAACAUCUAUUGACGCAUUUAAUGAAACACUUUCUAAGAAUCCAACGAUUAUUGAUCAUAACGCACACAACGCACACUAUUUUGAAGCAAAGAGACUCUUAAACAUAUUGCAAACAAAAAUUACUAGAAUACCAUUUGAUUUUGAAGAAGAUCAAACUGAGCAAUUAUUGGAAAUUAUUUCUUCCAUUAAUCUUGCAUUAUCUGAUACCAACUUGCGCCUGUUUUUGGAUUUGCUUUUCAACAACAAGGAAAAUUGUUUACAACAAAUCGAGUCAUUCAGAAAGUCGCUCACGACAAAUCUCCUCAUGACCAAUUCAAACAACGUUCAACAUAUUACUCUGAAUCGUAAUUUGGACCAUAAUUUAGAUAAGAUUUCUGACAUAAUAUCUAAUUUACCAUUUACUGAACAUUUGUCCCAAUACUGCAUACAAGAAAAUCCGUUAUGGUCCUUACGAAUAUUGGACUCGAUCAGGAAAAAACUAUCUAGUCAUCCCAUCAAAAAUUUACCUCUUCAUCUACCUAACUUGGCACAGCUCAAGGGUAAACAUCUAGAAAAGGAGUCUGUAGCCAGAAUCAUAGACUCUUUGGAUCUAAAAGAACACGAAAUUUAUUUGAAAUCUCUUUUUGGUUUGUCUCAAGUACAUGCUAUUUCACUUAGGAAUAUAGAAAUUUGCAGAAUACUCCUCAAGUCAUAUCACAGAUCUUUAUUCUCAACUAAUUACAAUUUCAUUAAGGAUCUAGCAAAGUUUGAACAAUCUUUAAGCCACCAUUGCGGUUUAGUGGUAGAUGACGGACGAAUUGACAAUUUCCAGGAAAGAUUUGUUGACAUUUACAAAAUUAUUGGAGAAAAUUAUGACAAACUUGGUGAACAUUUGCAGAUCAAAAUGUCUUUACAAAAUUCAUGGAACACUUCAAAGAGAGAAUUUCUCAUGCAAGCAUAUAGCGACUUUUAUGAAGCAAGUAUUACUGUGAUGCAUUUUGAAGGAUUUAGAUUUUGCAAACAAGAACAAUAUUUCCCCACCACUCACCAUACAAGAGAUGUGAUCAUUGCAAAACAAAUUCAAAUUGUUCAUGUGAGUUUACCUAGUAGAGAUGACGAAUUAUUGAAGCAAAGAAUUGUUGAGGAUCUUCCAAACGAUCGAGAAUAUGGAUUCAUUCUCAAAAGGAACACAAAUUCUGCACAACUUGAAUCAUUCAUGCAACAACACAACAUCCCAUACAUGCUUCGUCAACAAAAUCAUUCUACAAGAGAUUGGAGAUGUAUGUUUACGAACAAACAACAUCUCUAUAGAGUAGUCAAACGACUGUUUUCUCUCGUCCACGCACUUUGUUACGAAAAAGAUUAUUAUUACAGAUUGAAACGGCAAUCACACCAAUAA